UCCCCAUGAACGAUGAUUUCCUGGUGGUUGUACUCAUACUUAAUAACCUGAUAUAAAGUGGAUGGAACUGCCCGAGCCAUGUAAAUCCAUGACCUUCCUAGAAGAAAAUUGUAGGAUGUGUCUAUGUGCAUUAUCUGGAACAUAAUCUCAAAGUCCACCGGCCCAAUUGUCAUCUACUCAAUCUCACUGAUCUUGUCCUUCUUGAACCAUCAUAAGCAUGGACACACAUGUUGUUGGCCCAAAUCCUGUUGGUGUAGAUUUUCAGACUUUGCAACGUAGAGAGGGGCAUAUGUCCACCCCUGAUCCUCCAUCUAUUAUGACCCACUUCACAUAGCCCCUUUAAUUGCAUAUAGAUCUUUUUAAUAGAGAAAGUGGUCAUGUUUACCUCCUCUACAUCACCGUGACCAGCUUGGACAAAAGUUUCUUUAGUAUUUAGUAUAUUCCUCACUAUCCAUGAAGGUUGUGUGACCUGAAUAUCUCAAGCUUGUGGACCUUUUAUGUAAUAUGUGUGUACCCAUUGAGGUUUUCAUUUUAUUAUUCUUAAUAAUUGAUUAAUGAGAAAACUUAAUGUGAGUUCAGUAAACUACAAAAAAUGUACCUCUAAAUGUCAGUUCUCAUGAUUUUUUCUCUUUGUUUUAUUAGCUCCCAUCAAAUCUAACAAACAGUUCGGUAAAUUUCUAACAGAGGCUAAAAGUGUUAACUUUUGGCAAAUUUAAUAACCAAAACUGUUAAGUACAUACUUAAGGGGGACUAUUUUGUACCUACUUUCAAAUAUAAGGGACCAUUUGUGUAAUUUUUUCUACGUUUGAACUUUUAAAAUAAACAAGACCACGCCAAAAUACAGAGAGAAAUGAAACAUGUUUUGAGACAAUCAUAAUUAAGGAGAAACACUCGCCUAAUAGAUCGCUAAUUCAAAACUUAAUGAUGUCAAAAAUGGAUUCUUUGAAGAAAAGGGGUUCAAAUUCUGGAAAUGAGAAAUUGUUGGAUGAUAUUGAAGUUUUAAAUAAAGCCUUAUAUUUGGAUAAAAUUGGAAGGAGGAGUUUGAUGUUACAGGAUAGUAAUUAUUCUAAGUCUGUUGGAAAAACACAUUUAUUCGACGCGAAAUCGAAGAAUAAAGAUGAUGGUAGAGAUUCAAUAGAGAAGGAGAGUAAGAAAUCUAUAUGGAGUUGGAAGGGCUUAAAGUCCCUAGCUGUUAGGAACAAAAAAUUUAAUUGUUGUUUUUCUGUUCAAGUCCAUUCUAUUGAAGGGCUACCAACAUUGUUUGAUGAGCUUUGCCUGGUUGUGCAUUGGAAGAGACGUGAUGGCGAGUUAACGACUCGUCCAGUUGUGGUUUCAGAAGGGAUAGCUGAGUUUGAGGAACAGUUGACACAUACAUGUUCUAUAUCUGGUAGUAAGAAUGGCCCCAACCAAUCAGCUAAGUACGAGGCGAAACAUUUCUUGUUGUAUGCUUCGAUAUUUGGUACUGCUGAGCUUGAUUUGGGAAAGCAUCGGGUUGAUCUUACCAGGUUGCUUCCUCUUGCAUUGGAUGAACUGGAGGAGAAUAGCUCGGGCAAGUGGACGACUAGUUUCAGGUUGUCAGGUAGGGCUAAAGGUGCAAUUAUGUAUGUCAGUUUUGAGUAUCACAUAGUUGGGAAAACUUUCACUGUGUUUCCCAGCAACAGGAGUCUUCUUCUCGAGGGGAACAAUUUGAGGCGCAAUAGUGAAAAUGCAGCUAAACUUUUGGCACAAUGUGAGCAAAAUGAUGAGCUGAGUAGUACAACAAGGCGAGCGGGAAGCCUUCCGGCUCGAUCUUCUGCGUCACAGCGUUCCGCAGAGGAUAUAAAAGAUCUUCAUGAGGUUUUACCAGUUCCUUCGUCUGAACAUAACAUAUCUGUCAAUGUGCUGUAUCAGAAACUUGAGGAAGAGAAAGUGGAAUCUUCAGUUGAUUGCAAACCGCAGAUAGGUGUAUUCUGUAAUGAUGUUAAGACCCUCAAACCUGAAUUAGCCUUGUUAUCGGAGCCUGAGAAGGGAAAUGCUGAAAAUGAGGGUCACUCAAGUGAGGUUUCUAUCAGAGAUCAAGCUGUAGAAGUUGCCUCAGAGGUAUGGGAGGGAGAAGAAGAUACCACGGAAACUAGUGAGGCUCCUUUGGAAGAGAAUGUUGAACCUGAUAGUAGUCUUUGGAUGUCCCGUGAAGAGGAGCCACAGCUUGCAUUGUUGUCCAAGGACGUUGACACUGAGAAUGAAGAGGUGAGUGCCUGCAAUUUCGAGACAGAUGAAUCUUCCAAAGAAUCAAUCAUGAAAGAAUUGGAGUCUGCAUUAAAGAGUGUCUCUGACUUGGCAAAUGAGGGAUUAGAUUCUCAAGAAGAUGAAAAUGAAGUUAUAAAUCCUGAUGAAAGCUUGGACAUAGAAGAAAAUUUUGGGGAGCUUAGGAAGGGAAAAUCCCUAAGCUUGGAUUGCGACACUGAAUCUGUGGCUAGUGAUUUUCUGGAUAUGCUAGGGAUAGAGGACAGUCCAUUUGCCCCGAGUUCUGAAAGUGAGCCUGAUUCCCCAAGAGAACGACUGUUGAGGCAAUUUGAGAAGGAUACUCUAGCCGGUGGGGGUUCCUUGUUUAACUUUGAUAUGGACACUGAUCACCAAAAAUUUUCUUGUGAUUCUCCAACUGGACCCGAUUGGAGGAGCAUUUAUGAGGAUUUUGAUUAUUCAUCUAAUGUAGAUUCUUAUAUGGAGAUGCCAAAGAUAGAAAUUGAAGAAACAAGCAAUAAAACCAGGGCCUCCAUGUUGGAGGACUUGGAGACAGAAGUUUUGAUGCGUGAAUGGGGCUUGAACGAGAGGGCAUUUCAAUAUUCCCCUCCUAAGAGCUCAAGCGGGUUUGGGAGCCCAAUUGAUACUCCUCUUGAGGACCCUCACCAAUUGCCUCCUCUGGGAGAAGGCUUGGGACCCUUCAUUAAGACUAAAAAUGGAGGAUUUUUAAGGUCAAUGAACCCUGCAGUUUUCAAGAAAGCCAAGGGUGGGGGGAGUUUGAUAAUGCAGGUAUCCAGUCCAGUGGUGGUUCCUGCAGAAAUGGGAUCUGGUAUAAUGGACAUACUGCAUCAUUUAGCUUCCAUUGGGAUUGAAAAGCUCUCUAUUCAGGCAAAUAAAUUGAUGCCUUUGGAAGAUAUUACUGGGCAGACCAUGCAACAUAUAGGAUGGGAAACUGCACCAAGCUUUGAAGGAACUGUGAGACAAGAUUCGUUACAGCAUGAAUUUGAUUUUGGACAAAAUAUGGCUGGUACUCAAAGCAAAAAGGUAAAUUUGCAGAGACCAAAGUCCAGUAACUCUCUUGACGCUGAGAACAAAUCAGAAUACGUAUCAUUAGAGGACCUUGCUCCUUUGGCGAUGGAUAAAAUUGAAGCCCUUUCAAUUGAGGGUUUGAGAAUACAGUCAGGCAUGUCAGAUGAGGACAUACCUUCGAAUGUAAGCCCACAAUCCAUUGGUGAGUUUUCAGCCAUCGAGGGAAAGAGGGUCAACUUUGGAGGAUCUGUAGGUCUAGAAGGAACAGGUGGAUUGCAGCUACUGGACGUUCAAGACAAUGGUGGUGGUGAUGUUGAUGGGCUUAUAGGCUUAUCCCUUACUCUUGAAGAAUGGAUGAGGUUGGACGCGGGAGAAAUUGACGAUGCAGAUGAAAUUAGUGAGCGGACCUCCAAACUGCUUGCAGCCCAUCAUGCUACAUGCACUGACUUGUUUCGAGGCAGGUCGAAGAGACGUGGCAAGGGUAAGAAUUGCGGAUUGUUGGGAAACAGCUUUACAGUGGCCCUAAUGGUGCAGCUUCGUGAUCCUUUAAGGAAUUAUGAGCCAGUUGGUACCCCUAUGCUUGCUCUUGUUCAAGUGGAGAGAGUGUUUGUAACACCUAAACCUAAGAUAUACAGCACAGUUUCUCACAGCAAUGAAGACGACGACGACGAUGAUGAUGAACCCGAGCCCCACAAAAAGGAGUCUGCUGUGGAGGUCAAAGAAGGUAACAUUCCUGAGGAAGAACAAAUCCCUCAGUACAAAAUCACUGAAGUGCAUGUUGCAGGUUUAAAGACAGAACAAGGUAAAAAGAAAUCAUGGGGUUCGUCAACUCAACAACAGUCUGGAUCGCGUUGGUUGCUCGCGAAUGGAAUGGGAAAGAAGAAUAAGCAUCCAUUAAUGAAGUCUAAGGCUGGUAAUAAAUCUUCCAUAACAGUUGCUUCUUCAGCAACUACAACAGUGCAGCCUGGUGAGACGUUAUGGAGUAUAUCAUCACGCGUCCAUGGUACAGGGGCUAAAUGGAAGGAAUUAGCUGCAUUAAAUCCACAUAUCCGAAAUCCAAAUGUUAUAUUUCCUAAUGAAAAAAUUAGAUUGAGGUAGCAGUGUAGAACAUGAUUUAUUUAUAUGAUGGAAUUUUUCCAGUUGCCAUCCCCCCGAAAAAGAAAAGAAAAGAAAA